AUGUCUGUAAAAACCGAAAUUAAUUGGUAUUAUCGCGCUAUUUUGUCGUCCAUUACCCCUAGAAAUUCACCAGAGAAUAACCGUGCGCUUAUUGAAGAGAUAAUUGAGGCAGACUUCAAACUGGUAAAAGGUGCUCUCGAUCUCAUCUUGAGUGGAAGUAUCGCAAAGGUUAACUUCGCGCCUAAUCAGCAGCCCACUUCGCAGUCAUUCUACUCGAUUCUAUCUAAAGACAAAACGAGGCAAUACCUCGUUAUGCAAGGAUAUUGCGAUUGUUUUUAUUUCGCGGAACACGUUCUGUCUCGUGCGACAUCGUUCACGUGCACACAUGAGCUGGCGUGCGUAUUGCUGGAACACAUGAGCGCGGAUCUACAGAAGGACGGUGAUAAUUUUCUGCACAGCGUAGAGGAACUGGACGAAGAGGAGUUUCUCGAACGGAUGCACUUAUUGUACGAUGAAUGA